CACACUACCUUCCAGUUCAAAGUUUUUAAUCAAGCUUCAGCAGUAUGUUCAAAAAAGUUACCAAAUCCAUAGCAAAGCAGAUGGAUCCAAAAGGAGAACUGAUCCCAGUUUCUAGUAUCUUAGAUGAAGAACAUUUCAGACCAUUCUGCCUAGUUAGAAGACAAGGAAAAACCAUAUUUCACCCAAAUCCUGGCUACAGAAGAACAGAGUAUAACCUCUAUGAUCUGCUGCUACCUGAAGAUGACAAAACAAGUGCAGACCCCCCGAACCCUGCUAAGGACGUUCAAGAUUCAAGCCAAGUUACACUCGCACACGACGUUGACGGCAAAAUUGAAGGCAAGCUUCAAAUUCCCAUUAACUCUGCAAAUACAGAAGUAUAUGGAUCUACCUGUUGGUCCAAGCACAGGUCCAUCAAGCUCGAAAAGAAACACAUACCAGUAGCAAAACUUGAGUCACUAAAAGCAGAAAGAAAAAUCAAUAUGAAACAUUCCUUCAUUCAACAGUUAAAGAAAAAGCAUCAGGAUUUGUUUGUGGUUUCUGAAUCAAUACAAGCCUUAGAGGAGACCAAAUUUGAGGAAACCAGCAAGAUGGAAGGGAACUUCAUGGCCCAGCUUUAUGCCAAGUUCAGCACAGAGGGCAUCAGAGGCUUCCGACAAAGCAUAACUAUACCCAAAGGCUGCACCAUAGCGUUCAGGACGACACAGCUGUUCAUCGGAGACGGAUCAUGGGAUAUUUACCAUUUCCCAGAAGAUGAUGAACAAACAUUCGUAUCUGAUGGUUUUUUAUCCAGAAGAUUAGGAGCACUAGAAAAGGAAGUUAAUGCAAAAUAUCAAAUUUUCACCAAGUUAUCUGUGCAUCUGCAAAAUAUAUUUUUAAACUCCUUCAAAGCUGUGAUGAGAAACAGAAACCUCUUUCAAGAGCUAAGCCAGAAAAUGGAAGCUGUUCUUUAUGAAACUGGUAACUGUGAGCUGGAAACAGAGAGUCCGGGUUUAAAAGACCUGCUGCUCAGUUUACGGGGUUCUCCGAGUCCUCUCCUCCUAGGCCUCGCGGAAGGAAUCAACUACACUCUUUAUGCUCUGGAGGAAUUAACAGAAGAUCAUCUGCUGCUAUUGCUAGAGUCUUUGGAAGAGAAGAUUGUGUCCCAACAGCUUAAGCUGGUCAAGAGCAUCUUGGAACAUGACAUAGAAAACACGGAGAGGUGCUUCAGUGUGGCUGCCGGGCUGCUCUCCUUCUCCCGGGAGGAGGGACGAGAAUUAACCACUGUCAUGUUAGAGAUGAGCGGAGUGAAGAUUGAGAAGAACGGCUGGGCUGAAUGCAAGCAAGAUGCCUUCACAUCCCUAGCGGCCCUGUAUGCAUCGCUCUACGCGCUGGAUCUUCUGAGUCGGUCAGACUAGACUACGCUUUGCUCCCUGACAGGGACAAUUUAAAGGGAAGGGCUUGGAGAUAAUAUUUGAAUGUUACUGCAAGAUGCCUUCUCUAUCCAAGCUUCACUCCUGUCCAGGCAAUAUAUACUCUGUAUUCACACUCAGUCCUGCUUCAGAUGAGAAAAGCAGAGUCCCAAAGCAACCUGUCUGCUUAUGGAGGCCAGAAAACAACUCUCAGAACUAAAUUCCCAUUGAAUGCAUAACAGCAGGCGAAAAAGAGGUUCCUUUAACACUCCUCUAACCUCCUCCACUA